AUGUCUCCUUAUACAGUAGCCAGUCCUAGAAAGAAAAGCCAUCCUAAUGCAGGAAUAGGGGGUAGGAACACCCAGCUAGAGAAGAUUGGGGUAGUUUUAGAGUCUUGGUCCUGGAACCAGAAACCUAGGGGUGCUACAUCUCUUAGCACACUUGACCCCAUGAAUCCUCAGGCUCCAGAACUACCUCAUAAAGGCUGGAAGAGAUCCAACCCAGAGGACAGUGAAUCCAGCAGUAGUGCUACUGAUAUAGAUAACAUUGAUGAUGCAAAAGAUGAAGAAGAUGGAGAUGAAAGAGAUAAUAAUGAAUCACAGCAGUUUGGUUGGAGGGAGGCUUGUUGGCAGCACAAAGAACAUCCAGGAUUUUCAGCUGAAGAACUACCUACUCAGGCUCAAAUUGCUCACCCUCUCACACUAGAUUUCAAAUUCCAAUACUCACACAAUGAAGAUGAUAACACUUCCUGGAUAGAUCUCAAUAACACCAACCAGGCACCUUACCAGGAGUACAGAUGGAACAAUUGGGCCUUCAGACUACUACCUGGAACUUCCCCAAUAAUAUAUUGA